UUGCAGUUUGGUUUGUGAGAAGGAAGAAGAAAAAUGGCAAAGUCAAAGAAUCACACAGCACACAAUCAGAGUUACAAGGCCCAUAGAAAUGGGAUCAAGAAACCCAAGUCACACCGUCACAGCUCCACCAAAGGGAUGGAUCCCAAAUUCUUGAGGAACCAGAGGUAUGCUAGGAAGCACAACAAGCAGGGUGGGGGAUCUGCUAAGGAAGAGUAGAAUGUUCUAGCAGUAAUAGGGUUUUCUAGCUUUCUGUUUAUUGCUGGCACUGUUAUCCAAAUUUGAGUUUUUAAUUUUGUUUGUUAUGCGAAUAUAGUGGCUACUAUGGAAACCAGUUUUACUGUUUAACGAAUGCCUCUUUGCAAUUCA